AUUUUGACGUUUCCCACACAUUCGCUGCAACAAAAAAGGAAAAAGGAAAACUCGGUUCGGUCUUGCGGUUGAGUGCUCGCGAACGGAAUCGGAAGAAAGUGUUGUUUUAUUCCCAUAUCCGGCAGUGCAACUCCCCCGAAAAUGUCCGCUAUUUCCAGCAGUGAGAAGCCUCAUAUGCAGCAGGUCGAUCUCAACACACUUAACCUGCAGCAGCUGACUCAGCUGAAGAACCAACUGGAUCAGGAAUUGACUGUCUUUCAGGAAUCCCUGCAAACAUUAAAAAUGGCUCGCGUCAAAUAUUCCGGAUCCAAGGAAGCGCUAGAGCAGUUCAAACCUGACUGGAACGAAAAACAGAUUUUGGUGCCGCUUACGGGGAGCAUGUACGUCCCAGGGACCAUCAAGGAUGCGGAUAAUGUAAUCAUCGACAUUGGAACAGGAUAUUAUGUGGAAAAUGAUCUGGAAAGCGCCAAAAAUUUCUUCAAACGGAGGGUCGAUUUCGUUCAAGAGCAGAUGGCAAAAAUCGAAGUGCUGGGCAUGGAAAAAUCUAAAAUUCGUGAUGCGAUCCGUGAAGUGAUGGAAAUUAAACUUCUUCAGUUUGAAAAGGAACUCCGGAAGAAGGGGGAAAUAGUCGGGAACUAAUCGCCAACAGUAUUUUGUUAUGGAAUUGCCUGGCCUAUCAAUAAUACAGUUCUGUAUCGAUGCGGUCUUUAUACUUUCUCCAUUGUUUGUAUUUAUUUAAUGCUUCAACGUGUGAGCCGAAUGACCAGCAUGAUCAUUUUCCACGCAAACCAAACGUAAUACUUGAAAAAUCAGAAUAACAGCACAUUUUGUUCGCUUUUGGAAAUAAAAUUGGCAUUUAACAGCACCAA